GCCUCGGGUCCGCUCGGGAAGAUGGCGUCGUCCGCGUCUGCUCGGCCUGCGGCGGGGAAGCGAGUGGUGAAUCAGGACGAACUGCGGCGGUUGAUGAAGGAGAAGCAGCGUCUGAGCACCAACCGGAAACGGAUAGAAUCUCCAUUCGCGAAGUACAACCGCUUGGGGCAGCUGAGUUGUGCCCUGUGUAACACCCCGGUUAAGAGCGAGCUCCUGUGGCAGACUCACGUCCUGGGAAAGCAGCACCGAGAGAAAGUGGCCGAGCUGAAAGGCGCGAAGGAAGCCUCCCAGGGCCCAUCUGCCAGCGCAGUGCCUCAGUCCACCAAGAGGAAGGCGCCGGACACAGAGAACCAAGAUGCCAAGAAAGCGAAGGCCUCCUUGGUGUCUCAGGUACAGCCCUCCACUUCCGCUUUGCCCACCAACUUUGACAAAGCCGGAAAGGAGUCCACUAGGGCGACCCUCAGUAAGGCUUCGGGACUCGGUUUACUCCCUGAUUACGAGGAUGAGGAAGAGGAGGAGGAGGAGGAGGGAGGAGGAGAACAGAAGAGAGGGGAUGUCUGUAAGCAGCCGUCCAACGCACAGGGCAAGGAACACUCAGUUUCCUCCUCGCGGGAGGCAGCUGGUAGUAGGCUGCCAGGCGAUUUCUCGGAUACAAAUCCUCCCAAGGCCCCUUUAAUUCCUCAUUCGGGGUCAAUUGAGAAAGCAGAAGUACAUGAAAAAGUAGUGGAAAGGAGAGAAAACACCGCAGAAGCAUUACCGGAAGGGUUUUUUGACGACCCUGAGAUAGAUGCGAGGGUACGAAAAGUUGAUGCCCCAAAGGAUCAGAUGGACAAAGAAUGGGACGAAUUUCAAAAAGCCAUGAGACAGGUCAACACUAUUUCCGAAGCCAUAGUUGCCGAAGAGGAUGAAGAGGGACGGUUGGACCGGCAGAUUGGGGAGAUUGAUGAGCAGAUAGAGUGUUACCGUCGGGUGGAAAAGCUGCGGAAUCGCCAGGAUGAGAUCAAAAAUAAGCUUAAAGAGGUUCUGACCAUAAAAGAACUGCAGAAAAAGGAAGAGGAGAAUGUUGACAGCGAUGAUGAGGGAGAACUACAGGAUUUGUUGUCUCAGGAUUGGAGGGUGAAAGGGGCGUUGUUAUAGGGUUUCAAAGACCCAAGAUUUCUGUCCCCUCUACGACUGUAUAAAAAGUGCCGUCUCUCAAUAAGAUAUCGUUUACUCCAUGCCUAGAGAUUUGGUAACUUAACUGGGUUAUUGAGAUACCAAUUUGGAAAAUUGGUGUAAAAUAUUUUUGAGGUAAAGGAGUUUUUGAAGUAUUGUACUCAAAUGCCAACUUUUUCACACACUUAAAAAGUUUGAGUUGUAAAAGCUGUAAGCUGUAAAUAUUGUACAUAUUAAAUAUAUAUUUACUUAAGAAUUCUG